GCUCGCAGCGUCUGUCUGUGCAGCCGCAGGGGUGGGCAGGUGUCGCCUGCAGGUGUGCCUCGCAGGUGUCUCAACUGGACAUCAGCGGCUGGCCGAUCUGGAGUACCGCGGAGCCUGGAGAUCGCUGGGGAUGGAGUUCUAGAAGGCUACAUCUGGCUGGCUCAUCAACCAUCAAAGGGAGUGUUUCAAGUCCACUGCCCUGGAAGCCUCCUCCUGUGUGAGGCAGAAUGGUGUCCCCACCAGGAGUACUGUCUUCAUUGCUGCUGCUGGCAGCCAUGGCAGGGGGCAGUUCUCAGCAGUGCUCUGAGGGCAGGACUUACUCCGAUGCCAUCAUUUCACCUAACCCGGAAACCAUCAGAAUCAUGCGGGUGUCUCAAACCUUCUCCGUGGGAGACUGCACGGCCGCUUGCUGUGACUUGCCCACCUGUGACCUGGCCUGGUGGUUUGAGGGCAGCUGCUAUCUGGUGAACUGCAUGCGCUCAGAGAACUGCGAGCCCAGGACCACAGGCCCCAUCCGGUCUUACCUCACUUUCGUGCGCAGACCUGUCCAGAGGCCCGGGCAGCUGCUGGACUAUGGAGACAUGAUGUUGAGCAGGGGCUCCCCCUCAGGAGCUUGGGGAGACUCCCUUGAGGACCUCAGGAAGGACUUGCCCUUUCUUGGCAAAGACGGGGGACCAGAGGAAACCGCUGAGUACUCAGAUGAAUACAAAGAACUGGAGCGGGGCCUCCUGCAGCCCUCCAACCAACAAGACCCUAGAGGUAGCGCAGAAUACCCCGACUGGAGCCUGCUGCCCAGCAGCGAGGGAGGUUUCAAUGCUUCAGCUACAGGAGACAACUCAGCUGCUUCCACGGAGAAGCUGCAGGACCCUACGCCCCACCCACUGGGCCAGGAGCAGCUGCAGGCCCUGAAUGAGUCGACUUGGUCCCCUACACCCGGGCACUCUACAAUAAGCAGUGUGUGGCCUUCCUCUGCGACCCCAUUACCGACAGAGGAGGGACUGGAAGGAGAAGAGACUUUACAGCUCCAAGAACAACCGAGCAAUAGCUCUGGAAAAGAGGUUCCAAUGCCUUCCCAUAAUCCUUCACCUGCCAGCCUGGAGUCUAGCCCAGCCACGACGGAAAAAAACUCCAACUUUACAGUCACGCCACGGAGCAGAAAACACAGCACCCCAACUUUUCCUACCAGUACAGUCCUCACUGGGCUAAGCCCUCCUCCGUGGCCCUUGUCACCUACUGCUUCCAGGACAGUAAAGGCGCUUGCUGUGUCUGCUGGAGAUAACCUAGUACUAACCUUACCAGACAGAGAAGCAGAACUGAAGGCCUCUGUUGAACCAGCGCCCCCUGCAGAUACAACUUACUCCUAUGAAUGGAGUUUAAUGAACCACCCAGUAGACUUCCAAGGUAAAAUCAAACAAGAAAACAAGCCGACUCUUCACCUCUCUCAAUUAUCUGUGGGACUCUAUGCCUUCAGAGUGGCCGUUUCUAGUGAGAAUGCAUUUGGAGAAGGCUAUGUGAAUGUCACGGUUAUGCCAGCUGCAAGAGUCAACCAGCCACCUGUAGCUGUUGUUUCUCCCCAGACACAAGAGCUCAGUGUGCCUUUGACCUCAGCCCUGAUCGAUGGCAGCCAAAGUACAGAUGAUACUGAAAUAGUGAGUUACCACUGGGAAGAAGUUGACGGGCCCUUCCUAGGAGAGGAGUUUCCAGCUGACACCCCAAUCUUACAAUUGUCGAACCUAGAUCCUGGUAACUACACCUUUAGGUUGACCAUCACAGACUCGGAUGGCGCUACCAACUCCACCACUGCCUCCCUCAUCAUCCGUGAUGCCGUGGACUACCCACCUGUUGCCAAUGCAGGGCCAAAUCAGACCAUCACUUUGCCCCAAAACACCAUCGUUCUGAAUGGGAACCAGAGCAGUGACGAUCACCAGAUUGUCCUCUAUGAGUGGUUCCCAGGCCCUGGCGGUGAGAGCAAAGAGAUGAUCAUGCAGGGAGCGCAGACCCCAUACCUUCACUUGUCUGAGCUGCAGGAAGGAGAGUACACGUUUCAGCUGCUGGUGACGGAUUCCUCGGGACAGCAAUCCACCGCUUUGGUUGCUGUGACUGUCCAGGCUGAGAACAACCAGGCUCCGGUGGCCGUGGCAGGCCCCGACAAGGAGCUGGUUUUCCCGGUGCAGAGUGCUACACUGGACGGGAGCCGGAGCAGUGACGAUCACGGCAUUGUCUGCUAUCACUGGGAGCACAUCAGAGGCCCCAGUGCAGUGGAGAUGGAGAAUGUGGACAAAGCCAUAGCCACUGUCACCGGCCUUCAGGUGGGUAUCUACCACUUCCGGUUAACCGUGAGAGACCAGCAGGGUCUGAGCAGCACGUCCACCCUCACUGUGGCUGUGAAGAAGGAAAAUAACAGCCCUCCCAGAGCCCAGGCUGGUGGCAGACAUGUUCUUAUACUUCCCAAUAAUUCCAUUACUUUGGAUGGUUCAAGGUCUACUGAUGACGGAGGAAUUGUGUCCUAUCUGUGGAUCCGGGAUGGCCAGAGUCCAGCUGCUGGAGAUGUCAUUGGAGGCUCUGACCACAGGGCGGCUCUGCAGCUCACCAAUCUGGUGGAAGGCGUCUACACUUUUCACUUGCUAGUCACUGACAGUCAGGGGGCCUCGGACUCAGACACGGCCACUGUGGAGGUGCUGCCAGACCCCAAGAAGGAUGGCUUGGUGGAGUUGAUCCUGCAGGUUGGUGUUGAGCAGCUGACAGAGCAGCAGAAGGAGACUCUAGUGAGACAGCUGGCUGUGCUCCUGAACGUGCUAGACUCAGACGUGAAGGUGUUGAAGAUCCAGGCUCACACGGAUGUCAGCACUGUGAUUGUAUUUUAUGUACAGAGUGGGUCACCUUUCAAGGUUCUCAGAGCUGCUGAUGUGGCCCAGAAUCUGCACAAGCGGCUUUCCAAGGAGAAGGAGGCUUUCCUGCUUUUCAAGGUCUUGAGGGUAGACACAGCAGGGUGCCUUCUCAAGUGUUCAGGCCAUGGUCACUGUGACCCCAUCACGAAGCGCUGCAUCUGCUCCCAGCUGUGGAUGGAGAACCUCAUACAGCGGUACAUGUGGGAUGGAGAGAGCAACUGUGAGUGGAGUAUAUUCUAUGUAGCAGCUCUGGCAUUGACGCUAACAGUGCUAACUGGAGCUGUGACUUGGCUGUGCAUCUGCUGCUGCAGGAGACGGAAAAGGACUAAGAUCCGGAAGAAAACCAAGUAUACCAUCCUAGACAGCAUGGACGAACAGGAAAGAAUGGAACUGAGGCCCAAGUACGGUAUCAAGCACAGGAGCACGGAGCACAACUCCAGUCUGAUGGUGUCGGAGUCUGAGUUUGAAAGCGACCAGGACACGCUAUUCAGCCGAGAGAGGAUGGAGAGAGGGGUCCUGAAGGGUUCCCUGAAUGGCUGUGCCAGAAAUGGAGUUUCCUUCGGUUAUUACUCAAAGGACAGAUAACCGGCUGCUGUGGAGAGACCUCGUGAGCCCCCGUGGCUCAGUACUAGGCAGUGGGAGUUAAAACACAAAAGCUGUCUCCUGCUGGCCACAGUGCAGUGGCAACCCUCCCCAGGGGCCUUGUGCUGUGCUCCAAGUAGUGAUGAAAAGACCUGGGUUCUUGGAACUUUCAAGACACAAAACAAAAUCCUGCUUCUCCAACUGAUGCUCAUCAAUAGAGAAAAGGGGUGCAUAAAACCUCUGGCAUCUGCUGAAAAGUUUUGUGUCUUCUAGCAGACACUUUGUUAUAUUUAUUGUCCAUGAUGAGAUUAGGCAAACACCUAUUUCUAUUUAUAUAGCCCUGUAGGAAAGGCAAGUUAAGGAGGGUUGAUUGCUCUGUAGAAGCUGCGACUGCCUCUAAGAACCUUCCAGAAACGGCUUCUCCAGAGGACCUGCAGGAUCAGCUUGCAGUUCAUCUUUGAGGCAGGAACCUUCUGUGUGCAGCUUCCUGUCUGUGAUGCAGCCAGCUGUGGCCAGCUAGAAGGUCAGGAGCUAAGGAAGCUUCAGAAUCUAAGGACAGGAGGCAAUAGAGAUGGGGAGGGGGCGGAGGACCCUCAGGUUAAAUGUUGAAGGCCUUUAACAUUUUUCUCAUUCACUUUCUCUAAGAAAAAGAAACCACAGUGGGACUUCUUUCAGCCCCAGUGGACAUUCAGACUGACUGCUUAUUAUUGUAACUUUUACUAAAUAUGCACUGUAGCACUGCCAUGGAAAAGUGGGGAGGACUCGGUGAGCAUAGACAUUCCCAAGCUCUGAAAUAUGCUCCUAAUGAGGGGAAAGUGGUCACCAUGCUCUGACUGCCUACAGAGACUUCCCAUUGAAAUAACUGGACAGAACAUCUACCAUUUUUGCUUAGAAAUGUAUUUAAGGGACUGGAGAAAUGGCUACAUAUAAGACCUCACUGCUCUUGCAGAAGACUGUGGUUCAGUUCCUAGCACUCACAGGAUGACUUGCAACUGUCCAGAACUCCAUUUUCAGGGGUCCAGGGCCCUCUUCUGGCCUCCAGCAGCAGCGGCGGCAGCGGUGGUGGCAGCAGCAGGAAGAAUGUACAGAGUUCAUACAUGUGGGCAAAAUACUCAAGCACAUAAAAAGGAAUUAUACAAGGUCCACCAACAAAGCAGCACCCAGAGCAAUGGACUGGAGCUCAUUGCAGCCUGAGAUGUUGACUGACUUAUGGUAGUUGCCCAGGUGCCCAUGGCCCCAAGGCUGUUGGCCUUGGCGAUGCCCUUGGCAUUUAGAGAGUGGAAGAGCCAGUACUGUAGUCUUAGCUUUGGGAGAGGAGAGCAAGGUGGAACAGGAAUUCAGUGCUAGCCUUGGCUAUACAACAAGUUUGAGGGCAGCCUGGACUAUUUGAGAUCCUAUGUGUAAAAAUGAAAGAAAAAAAAAGUUAGGAGAAUUAGAAUCACAGCUUAAAUUUUAGUAAUUGUUUGUUCUGGAAUUUUCUAUUUCUGAGCUAUAGUUAACUGAAAACUCAAAAAAAAUCAGUGAGCUCAGUAUAUUAUAACUUUACUGGUGGAAUGAUGGAAUUAAAAUGUAUAGGAAUGUACUUUUAUUUUAAAAGUAGUAUGUUUAUAUCUAUAUAUUAUAGUUCAACAUUAUCUAUAAUGUUAGAGGAGCAGUGAUUUUUUUUUUAAAGCACUAGUAUUUAGCUCCAUACACAGAAUCUUCCCUAUCCACAGACCAGGCUGAUGCUAUUUUCGUGGGUAACUGGACAUUUUUGGCACAGAGAAUCCAGCCCAAGUUGGAACAAUAGAGCAAGGUGCUGAAGCCUGUGACCCCUGCUGCUUUCUGUGCACAAGUGUACUCACUCCUAGUUGACCUUUCCAAUUCAUCUUGAAAGAAAGCGUUCCUAUGUCGUAGACACCCACUGAAAGUCCAGAGAGCAUAAGUAAUUUUCACAGGGUCAGAGUCAGUGGUGGAUCUGGGAAUCGAGUGCCGAGACCUACUUCCCAAUGCACGAAGUAGUCCAGGCAUGUUGGAGGGCAAAUCCUGGAGAACCUUCUAGACCCCUGAAAGUUCUGUUGCUACGAUGAUGAGGAAAGCUUCGAGUGUGUCUGGAAGCUAAAGACAAAGUGCGAGGUCAUGGACCUGGUGUCUUCCUCUGGAGCACACUAUAAGCCACCCUCCCUCUAGGUUUGCAGUGGGUUUGCUGGUUCUGUUCCUGCCUGAUCUCAGCCUGGUCUCUCUGACCCACCCAUCACAAAAGAACCUUGACUCUAUAGUGAACCAGAAAUAAACAUCACAAUGGUUACUGGAAAAUGGA